AUGACUUCAGCUGCUAAAUUAACUCAAUUCUUAGACCAAAAUAAGGCAACUAUUACAAAAGCUUUCAAGGAGCUAAAGAAUUAUACAAAGGGUAGUGAAGAUAACAAUCUUUUGGAAGAUAGUUCCGUCAUCCAAUUGGUUGCAACUCCAAAGAAAGCCUAUGCCAAGGAAACCAACAAAACACAAUUAAUUGAAGUACCAAAUGCACCAGAGGAAACAAAGGAUAUUUGUAUUAUUGUCCCAACUAGCUUAAAGGAAAAGAUCGAAAAAGAGUUGGAAUCGAAAUCAAUCAAGGCUAAAGUCCUCACUAUUCACGAUGUUUUCGAUGGUCACCGUCAAUUCGAUGAGAAGCGUAAGCUUAGAGAUUCAUAUGAUAUCUUUGUUGCUUGCAGCUCACUUUACAAUGUUUUACAUAAGGCUCUUGGAAAGACUUUCUAUCAAAAGAGAUCUAAGACACCAAUCGUUGUAGAUUUCAAAUCAAAGAAAGCAUUCCAGAUUAUCAAGAAUAUUCACAAACAAAUCCCAUAUACACCAAAUGGUGGAAAGCCAUUUUCAGUGAACAUUGGUGAUACCUCACUCACAGAGAAACAGUUAUACGAGAAUUUGAAGGUUGUCACCCAAAAGGUUUGCUCUUACUACCCAGAGAGCUAUGUUUCAUUUGCCAACAUUGGUUUGAAGACACAAUCAUCACCAACCUUACCAUUCUUUGUUCAAGCUGUCGAUAAAGAAAUGACCGAUGUCAGCAGCAGCAACAGCACUACAGAAUCAACAGAAGAACCAAUCAACACUAAACAAAACGCAAAGAAGAAAUUGAAAUCGAAUAACUCUGAAGCUGUCGUAACUGAAAAGGUUGUUGAACCAGCCGCUUCAACUGCAACCAAUGGAAAGAAGUCAGCACCAACACCAAAGAAGGCUGCUGCUCCAGCUCCAUCUACACCAAAGAAAGCUGAGGAACCAGUAGCCGUUGUUGCUGCUCCAGCUUCAACCAAGAAAUCAAAGCAAGCUGCUGAAACACCAAAGAAAGCGGCUGCUCCAGCUCCAGCUGUUGUAACACCAAAGAAAGCUGAAGAACCAGUAGCUGUUGUUGCUGCUCCAGCUUCCACCAAGAAAUCAAAGAAGGCUGCUGAAGUUCCAACUCCAGCUCCAACCACACCAAAGAAAGCUGAGGAACCAGUCGUUGCUGCUCCAGCUUCAACCAAGAAAUCAAAGAAGGCUGCCGAAGUACCAGCUCCAGCUCCAACCACACCAAAGAAAGCUGAAGAACCAGUCGUUGCUGCCCCAACCUCUACCAAGAAAUCAAAGAAGGCUGCUGAAGUUCCAGCACCAGCUCCAACCACACCAAAGAAAGUAGAAGAACCAGUUGUUGCUGCUCCAGCUUCAACCAAGAAAUCAAAGAAGGGCUGCAUGAAGUUUCAAGCUCCAGCUCCAACUACCCCAAAGAAAGUUGAAGAGCCAGUCGUUGCUGCUCCAGUUUCAACCAAGAAAUCAAAGAAGGCUGCUGAAGUUCCAGCACCAGCUCCAUCCACACCAAAGAAAGUAGAAGAGCCAGUUGUUGCUGCCCCAACCUCUGCCAAGAAAUCAAAGAAAGCCGCUGCCGUUGCUCAACCAGAACCAACUCCAGUUGUCGCCGAAGAAAAGAAGAAACCAGCUGCCAAGAAGGUUGAAGAACCAGUCGCCGCUGUUACCAAGAAAGUCACCAAGAAAGAAACAACCGCCGCCACCGAACAACCAGUAAAGAAAACCAUUUCCAAACCAUCCACCACCACCAAAGUUUCAACUCCAACAGAAUCGACAACAACUUCCACCAAAACCCUAAAAAGAAAACUCUAA